GACUAUAUAUCCUAACCGAAGGGAAUCAUGUUGAGAAUGAAAGGCAAAGUGCUUGUUGGAGUGUUUAAAGUGUCCCAGUACAGCUGAAGAAGGCUCAUUGUGUUCUUUUAUUUUAUUUUUAUGUCUUUGAGCUGUGAGACACAUUCACACUGACUUAUUUUUAACACAUAGGAACGAGUGCGGAUGCGCACUUGAGUUAUUUUAUGUGUUUACCUGGGUUGAGUUUUCCCCCACGCCGAAUAGGCCUCGUCUUGUUUACAGUCCUUGUUCCUGGCAACAACGUCAUCAAGUGUGUCUGACAAGCCGGAGGCGGGGACCACAGAGGAAACAACCAAUCAGCGGGUCGCUCGGUGCGCUCUAGGAGCCGGAUGAUAUAAGUAGAGCUGAGCACGACGGCCGCCUGUCAGUAAAGAGGAAACAGACGCGGAGCUCACACUCAGAGCAGAAUAAAGACUCUCCUACACACGAGUGGAAUCAAAACAUCUGAAUUAGUCACUGGACUCCGCUUUGAAUCCAAGGCGCAGCCCUGCCAGACUACAAGCUGCUAAAGCAGAAUAUGAACUUGAACUUCUCCGAGUCAUAUCGGAACUCAAACUUCAAGUCGCAGCACCUGCGCGCCGACGGUGAUUUCUAUUCAGCCGGGACGGCGGACGUGGGCUCACUGAAGCUCGCUUCUCCGGAACUGGAGCGACUGAUCAUCCAGAACAGCAACGGAGUCAUCACUACAACACCGACACCUGCCCAGUACCACCUGUACAACCGCGGCAUCACAGAGGAGCAGGAAGGCUUCGCUGAAGGUUUUGUCAAAGCGCUGGACGAUCUGCACAAGAUGAACCAGAUGGCUCCUCCAAACGUCUCCAUCGGUGGCGUGGCAUGUGGCGUCCCCGGCGGCGUUGUGUGCUCGGCUCCAGCCUCGGUGUUCGGCUCCUCCAUGCAGCAAGAAGCUCUCGAGUACACCACCCUGAGCAGCUGCACCACAAACCCCAGCCUGUCCUCUGCAGCCAGCUACCCCUCCACCACCAUCAGCUACCUGCCGCACCAGUACCAGCAUCCCCAGGCCAUUGCGCACGGAACUCACCAUUUCCAGCACCCCUUGGCCAGUGCGGGCAUCCACUCGGGCAUCCACUCGGGCAUCCACUCGCAGCGGUUCGGCGGGUUGAAAGAGGAACCUCAGACGGUCCCGGACAUGCUGAGCAGCGACGGGUCUCCUCCCAUGUCCCCCAUCGAUCUGGAGAAUCAGGACCGGAUGAAAGCGGAGCGCAAGAGGCUGAGGAACCGGCUCGCAGCCUCCAAGUGUCGGAGGCGCAAGCUGGAGCGCAUCUCUCGCCUGGAGGACAAGGUGAAAGUGCUGAAAACGGACAACGCCGGACUGUCAAACACGGCGUCGGUGCUGCGGGAGCAGGUGGCCCAACUCAAACAGAAAGUCAUGACACAUGUGAGCAGUGGCUGCCAGCUCAUGUUAGCGCCCAAAGUGAAGUCGUACUGAAGAAACAAUGCACUUUUAAAAACACUGGACAAUAACUGCACUGACAAUGAACAAUGUCUUUAUACAUUGUAGCCUACAAGAAAAAGAACUGGACCAUUAUGGUUUCUACGGCUGGAAGAGAAGCAGCAGAAAUCAUAAAAGACUAAAACACUUAGGGCAUUUUUGAAUAAGUUUUUAAAAGUGUCGUCUUGGCUUUGCCUGUUUACAUUUUACUUUAAAUGCGAUCUGUGAUACAUUCUUAUGUAACUUAUUUGUGUUUGUCGGGUUGAGCCUGAUGAGCUUGUGUUUUUUACUUGUACAGUAUAUAUUUAAGUAAAUGAAAAUAUGAAACUAA